UGCCCCCAAGACUUGUGAAGUAAGGUGAAUUAUUGGCGGUCAAAACAAAACUUUACAAUACACGGACAAUUUUUAAACAAUGUUAAUAGCUCCUCACCCCCACUUGAAGAGGAGCUAAGUAACCAGUCCCUUGUUCCCUGUGGUUUGAUUUACAAUGGAACACAGGAAAGUAAAUGAUCUAACACCAUCUAAAAUUCAUUUAAUUUAGAAUCAGAGUUCUCAGAUCGUUCCUGCUAGUUACUACUUUUUCACUAAAAUGUAAAGUGGAAGUAGAUAAUACAAUGCAUUUUGAAAGUUAAGGCACCUUAAAGCGGGAUAUUUACGUUUUACAGAGACUGGGAAGAAGACUUUGUGAAAGGGGAUCUGUAUGAAGUGGUCCAUUAGCUCUAUUACCUCGUUUCCAACACUCCUUUGCUUUUAAUCCCCGUUGAAUAGAAUGAGCCCGCCCUUUCUCUGCACCUAUAUCUCCUCCUCCAACCACUCCAACCCAUUGAGAAUUGCCUUAUUGUGGAGCUGUUUUGAACCCUUUUCGGAAAUAAUGGAGGGGGGAGAGGUUUGUGAGGGAAAAAAAUGAUUUUCGAUCCUUUCAUUGAAAUCGUUUCACUUGAGUGACUUGAAAUAACUGCCUAUAAACAUCGAGGCGGUGCAGCCGAGAUGUAUAUGAACCGCACUGCUGCUCCUGGGACCAGGCUUGCCCUCAUCUCGCUGUUGUUUCCUUGAAUGCAAUUUUCAUUCGCCCCCCAAAAAAACUAUCGGACGAGAAUCAGGAUCUGAGUUUAAAAAAAAUAAUCGGAACUCAUAUUGUAAGAGCGCUCGGCUGCCAUGAAUAGCUAUGGUCCUCCGUACUUGUACAUCCCCUCUGCAUCUCCCCGAGCACCGUCCCAGAGAACUCCCAAGUGCGCUCGGUGUCGGAACCACGGGGUGCUGUCCUGGCUGAAAGGCCACAAGCGUUACUGCCGCUUCAAAGACUGCACUUGCGACAAGUGCAUCCUCAUCCUGGAGAGACAGCGGGUCAUGGCCGCACAGGUGGCUCUCAGGAGGCAGCAGAGCAACGAGAAUCCUUGCAGUCUGGUUCUUCCCGAGGAUUACAGAGCUACAUACCCAGCUCCUUCCGAGAGACACGAGGAUUUACCUCCUCCUCCGGGGGUGUCAACGGCAGCAGCAGCAGCAGCAGACUCCCUGCAUCAGCAGCCAGAUGAUUAUGAUGAUGCAGAAGGAAAUGUGAAUGACAAGAAGCAAAUGAACAUGGUCAACGAUGAUAUAGAAGAGUUGGUUUCUCCAACAGACAUCCAAAAUAGCAAAGCAACAUCACCAUUGGCAGAGUCCAGCAAUGAUGCAGAGCGAAAAAAAGAAGACAGCGUGCAGCUUAAAGAUGCCACCAGAUAUGAUUUCAAAGACAUCAAGAAGCUCUUAAAGUCUGAAAAUGUACUUAAGGACAUGUCUCCUGCAAGGGAAUCCAAAAGGCCUCCUAUUGAGGUUCUGACCAAAAUAUUUCCAAACCAGAAACAAUCUGUGUUAGAGCUGGUACUGAAAGGGUGCAAUGAUGACUUGGUUUCAGCAAUUGAAACCUUAUUGUCCAGCAAUGCUAGGAGAUGGGAAAGCCCCCAAAACAGCAACAAACCGCAGAAUUCCAAGGACAUAGCUGACUACAAUUCUAGUCACUACCCUUUAUCCCCUACAGCUUGGUCGCUGAGCUCGGCCUUUAGGUCCCCAUCUGAUCCAUUCCAGGUAUCUCCAAACAACCAUAGUAUUGUGGCAAGCUUGCCUAAUCUAAAUCAUACCGUUACACAACCCAGUCAUUAUCCAGUGCAAACCCUUUUCAGACCAACAUUGUCUGGAAAUCACCCCUUUGUUUCCAGUGAGUUUGCCCUAUGGAGCACAAUGACCUUUCAGCACCCUAGCCUGAGGCAACGAUUUACAUCUCUGGCUCACUCUACUAGUGCCCUGUUGGGGAGCUCAACAAUGGUCCUACCUGCCCCAAUGGAGACUUCCCAAAAAUCAUCUGUCUGCGAUGAAAAAGUGUCAGAAAAGUCUUUGAAGGCACUUGGUGAGAGGCAAGAAGGUAAAAACUAGCAACAUGAACUUGAGGCGGACUCAGUGAAUUUUCACUAUUUUGAUAGGACAUGCAAAAAAAAUCUCAUAGACGUAUUAAUAAGAUCAAUCCUAAAAUGGGUGUAGUAUGGUGGAUGUCCACACGCAGUAGCUGUAAUUAUCACUUGUAAAAGUCAAUGUGAAAAGUGUUCAUUAUAUUUGGAAUUUGAUCAAAUUAAAACACUAGAUUAUGGUAAUUCAGUUGUGACUC